AAGAUGUCGACCCAGCAAGUCCUUGACAAUAAGGAGCCUACUAUAGGCAAGUGGGUCUGCCAGUUAUUAGUUGCAGAAGGAGUCAUUGGUGUCUUAGGAAACCUCUUAGUGUGCUUUGUCAUUCUACGCGUCAGAUUCCUACACAACAUGACAAACUAUCUGCUGGUGAAUUUGGCAGUAGCCGAUAUGCUGCUGUGUCUAGAACGUAUUUUCAGUGGUCUAAUAUAUUACAAAGACUGUAAAAUCAUUGACUAUGUACCCAAAACCUUUGGUGGAAAGGUUGCUUUCUGUCGAUUCAUGCCAUCUAACUUUUUGUCUUGGGCUUUGGCGUAUGCAUCAGCUUACAAUCUCUGUGUGAUAACAUUUGAGAGAUAUGUUGCUAUAGUGCAUCCACUACAGUAUGCAAGGAAACUCACAGCAACACGGAUGAAAAUUCUGAUUGCUCUGAUCUGGAUGAUAUCAUUUCUGUUUUCUUUACCGUUUUUAUUUACGAUCGAAGCCAGCAACAAUCCUGACCAGGCUUGCUCAGAAUUCAAAUACCCUCAUCCACUAUUUCCCUUUCUUGUUGGUAUAUUUACAUUUCUCACGGCCUACCUACUGCCAAUAACAUUGAUGAGUUGGGCCUACUACAAGAUACAAGUCACUCUCAAAAGACAAGCAAAAGCCCUAAACCUGCAACAUGCAAGGGCAGCAGCCUAUGAUCUUGUGAUUGCUAGACAGCGUCUGGUCAGCAUGCUCACAAUCGUCUUAGGAGCUCUCAUCAUCCUAUGGACAUCAGACUACAUCGGUUUGUUUCUCUGCUUGAUCACAGAUCGCAAGGGUCUACUUACUUUGUGCAAUUCAGUGAGUUACAAAUACUUCAGUGCAAUUUGUUCUUUUGCCUACUAUUUCAACUCGGUCAUUAAUCCCAUCAUCUAUGAGUUUAAGUACAAGAAAUUCAGGCAAGGUCUUAAGAUAGCUUUAUGCAGCUGUUAUCAUCAGCACAAUGAUAACAGAGUUGACAUUGAAAUGGUGCCAUUAUGAGAGUACCGGUAUACCAAAGACUGAUUUCCUGAAACUUCUCAUUAAGAACAAUUUUUUGGUCAAAGUAUCGCCAAGAAAUGUG